AUAGUCUCAUCUCUAAAUUGACAGGCGUUUUUCUGGCAGAAUUUGUGGCUUUGCAUUUGCCUAUGAAAAUUAACGAAAGGAAAACCCGAAGACCGAGUGCGUGAAAAACAUUCGACUAGAUUGGAGUGAAAAACUAGCCGAAGGAAGUGAAAAAACGCACGUUGAUCGUAGUUUUUUCCAAAAUAACCGCACGCGACAAUAGAAAACCGCCGUGCGUGUGUUAGUGUGAGUUUUCGGCCAUUCCUUUAUUUUUUUUGUCCGUUUUCGCAAGCGUGUGUGUGUGGUCGCAUCAAAUUUACCGAUAUUCCGGACAGUGAGCGAAACGGACGAGAAAAACGCGCAGUGUGAAAAGGAAAUAACGCGGGGGGAAACACAAAAAAAGGUAACAAAACAAGCAAAUUGCUGCAGAUAUAAAAACAACAGCAGGCAUUUCGGAGAGUACUGGCGAAAAAACGCAAACCCAACAACAUCAUCAAAAAGGACGAACCGCACAAACAUAAACGGAAAUUUAACAACGUUAAGAAAAGAGGAGCGCAGAGCAGCGCCGCAUAACGAACAACAACAAUCCACCAGCAGUAGCAGCAGAAGAAACAUCAAGAGCCGCCAAAAUGAGCAAGCCACUCUUUGAGACCCCGCUGACCAUUGAACCGGAGCAUGAAUUGCGCUUUGUUGGACCAUUCAAUCGUCCCGUCGUCACAAUCAUGAGUCUGCGCAACAAUUCGGCUAUGCCCUUGGUCUUCAAGAUCAAGACAACCGCCCCGAAGCGCUAUUGCGUACGUCCAAACAUUGGCAAGAUCCUGCCUUAUCGUUCGACCCAGGUGGAGAUCUGCCUGCAGCCAUUUAUCUACGAUCAACAGGAGAAGAACAAGCACAAGUUCAUGGUGCAGAGCGUCCUGGCUCCCACGGAUGCCGAUUUAACCGAUUUGAAUAAAUUGUGGAAGGAACUGGAGCCGGAGCAACUGAUGGACGCCAAGCUGAAGUGUGUGUUUGAGAUGCCCAACAACGAUGCAAAUGCCGAGAACACUAGCGGCGGCGCCGGUGGUGCCGGUGACAUCGGUGUCGGCGGCGGUACCGGCAGUGCCGGCGGUGGCAGCGCGGGCGCCAACACCAGCUCAGCCAGUGCCGAGGCGCUUGAGAGCAAGCCCAAGCUAGCCAGCGAGGACAAGCCCUCGAAUUUGCUAGAUGUAACCGAUGUGGAGUCGAUGGCCGGUACGAUUAAGGGUCUGCGUGAAGUCAACAGCGAACUGCGAAAAGAAAUUGUCCACUUGAAGGAUCAAAUCACACGCUACCGCAGCUCUGCGGCCAUCAAGCAGGUUAAUGAGCCCUAUGCCCCAGUUUUGGCUGAGAAGCAGAUUCCAGUCUUUUACAUUGCAAUUGCCAUUGCUGCGGCCAUCUUGAGCCUUUUGCUGGGCAAGUUCUUUCUCUGAAUGCCAUAAACACCACAACACCAACGACAGCAACACCUAACAUGCAACAUGCAACAUGCAACAUGCAGCAGCAGCAACAGCAGCAACAUGCAACAGUAACAUCAUCAAUCUACAACAACAGCAGCAAGCAAGCAACAACGAACGGCAAGCAGCAGGGGCAUUACAACAUCAUUUAAACGCUGCACCAUAACAACAGCAAAGAAAGACAAACAAAAAAAGCUAAGAAAUUAAUAUAUAUAUUCGCAAGAGGUAAAAUCCCUAUUUGAAAUCAAAGCUCCGAUUUUUGUUCUAACGCAUUCUUUUUUUUUUCGUUUCUCAAUCAUUUAAUUUUUUGGAUUAUCGCUUACGUUAAACAUUAUGUUACUUGAAAAGUGAUUUACAACCUAUAUAUAUAUAUAUAUCCGUCUUAGUCGUUUUAAAGAUGCAUUUCGAUAAUGUUGGCAAAUAUGGACAAAAUUGCGUAGAUGGAGUAUUUUUUAAGGAAAAACAAAAUUAUUUAAAGAAGCCAAAAUUAAACACACAAUCUACUAUAUAUAUUUCUUUCUCGACACCGAAUAAACUUGAGUUUUAUAAAUA